GUCGGGCCCGCUGGGCGCAUUUAUCGAAAUUGUUACUGUCGAUAGUGACUGCGGCGGCUCAAACCGCGGCUGCAGAGAUUGGCCUUAGACUAGCAGCGAUCCAGGCCUUAGACGCUGCGUUGAUCAGUCGCGCGAGUUGCUCUCGCGUAGGCCGCCGCUACAGCUCGCAGAGCAUAGCACCUAUUGCGUCGGAGUCUGGUAAGAGCCAGCAGCACACAGUGCACAAAGAGAGCCAUGGGCGCCGUGCACGGCGUCGCCUACAAGUACGUCGCAAUAGCGGCCGCGGCCUCGUACGGCGCCUACCUGAGCCAGCCGCACUCCUACGCGCGCCUCGGCCUGGGACUCGUCGGCGCCACGAACUCGGUCAUCGUCGUCCUCUUCGUGGCGGACCGCGGGACGCAGCUGCUGGGCAAGGACGCGGUCACGGGCAAGGCGCCGUGGUACCGCGCGCUGCCCUGGGCGGGCUUUCUCCUCCCGACGUGGCUCUACACGUACGUGCACACGCUCGUGGGCCGCGUCGACACGGCGACCGAGGUCGCACCGGGCUGGUGGCUGGGCGGCCGCUACGCCGACAGGGCGCCCGGCCGGCCGGAGCGCUGGGCGGGCGUUUUGGACCUGACGGUGGAGCUGCCGGAGCGGUGCCUGGACCUGUGCGACGACUACCUCUUGGUGAGAUGCUGGGACGGCGCGCCGCCUCAUUUGCAUGAUCUCGAGCGCGCCGCGGCCUUUUGUGCGACGGCGCGGCGGCGCGGGCCCGUUUUAGUACACUGCGCGCACGGUCGCGGCCGGUCGACGACGGCCAUGUGCGCGGCGCUCGUGCGCGCGGGCGUCUGCCGCGACUGGCGCAGCGCCUUCGAGAAGUGUAGGCGUGCCCGACCGUGCGUCCGGCUCAACAAACGCAUGCGCGCCGCGCUCGACGCGUGGGCCGAGGAGUAUCCUUCACCAGUCUCCUAAUAUUUGUGAACACAAU